AUUUCUGCUUUCCGCCGGACUCCCGGGGGAAAAUGAAGCUAUGGCAUCUUCGACGAAGAACCAUUUCGAAUCCGAACUUUAUCUCAACUAGCUACUUCUGCACCAGCAAUCCAUGCAGACCUGAUAAUGACGAAAAAGAUAGAGAUUCCCACAUCGUCGGCGUUCUCGAAACCAUCGUACGAGGAAAACAAAGCUGGAGAUCAGCUUUCAGCAAUCCCUCUCUCUCCGCUUCAAUUAGGACCCGCCAUGUGGAGCAAGUGUUAGUUCGAACCGUUGACGACUCCAGGUUAGCUUUGAGGUUCUUCAACUUCCUGGGGUUGCAUAGAAAUUUUGACCAUUCAGCCCUGUCCUUCUGCAUUCUAAUCCAUUCGUUGGCCAAUGCUAAUCUUCAAUGGCCCGCUUCUUCACUUCUGCAAACGUUACUGUUUCGCGAGUUGGAGCCGAGGCAGGUUUUUGAGGUUCUCUUGGACUCGUCCCGCUUGGGCAGAUUUAGCUCUAGCUUGGGUUUCGAUCUAUUGAUUCAGAAUUAUGUGGCCAAUAAGAGGAUGGCCGAUGCUGCUUUGGUUUUUAGAUUGAUGAAGAGCAGCAGCUUAUUUCCAGAAGUUAGGACUCUGGGUAUGCUCCUGAAUGGGUUUGUGAAGAUUAGGCAAUUUGAGACGGUUCUGCUUUUGUAUGAUGAGAUUGUGAAUGCUGGAAUUAUACCUGAUGUUUACAUUCACACAGCAGUUAUUAGAAGCUUGUGUGAACUGAAGGAGUUCGUUAGAGCAAAGGCGAUGAUUCAAUGGAUGGAAAAAGAGAGAUUGGAGGUAGGUAUAGUGGGUUAUAAUGUUCUCAUUCAUGGGUUUUGCAAGUGCCAGAGAGUUUGGGAAGCUGUUGAGAUUAAGAAUAGUUUGACUCAAAAGAAUCUAACCUCUGAUGUGGUUACUUAUUGCACGUUAGUACUUGGGUUGUGUAAAGUGCAAGCAUUUGGUGCUGGUCUAAUGAUGAUGAAUGAAAUGAUUGUUUCCGGGUUUAUUCCGAGUGAAGCUGCAAUUUCAAGCCUUGUUGAGGGUUUGAGGAAAACCGGGAAGAUCAGGGAUGCUUAUGAUCUGGUAAAUAAGGUUGGUGAAGUUGGGGCAGCACCUAGUUUGUUCGUGUAUAAUGCAUUGAUCGAUUCCUUGUGCAAAAAUGGGAAAUUCAAUGAGGCUGAAUUUCUUUUUGCAGCCAUGAGAAUGAAGAGCUUAUGUCCAAAUGAUGUAACUUAUUCUAUUUUGAUUGAUUCAUAUUGCCGAAGGGGGAAGGUAGGUACUGCUAUUCAAUCUCUUAAAAGAAUGAUUGAGGCGGGAGUAAAAAUCACAGUCUAUCCGUACAAUUCUCUAAUAAAUGGUCAUUGCAAGAUUGGCAAUCUGAAUGCAGCGUGGUCUUUCUUCGAUGAGAUGGUUAAUAUGGGUCUGAUACCCACUGUUGUAACAUACACGUCACUUAUAAGUGGACUCUGCAACAAUACAGACAUACAGAAAGCACUUAGGUUGUACCAUGAGAUGACUGGCAAGGGUAUCGCUCCAAAUAUUUAUACGUUCACUGCACUUGUACGCGGCUUCUGUCAAGCAAAUAUGAUGAAUGAAGCUGUCUGUAUGUUUCAGAGAUAUGGUGAAGUGGGAUGUUAUGCCAAAUGAGGUGACUUACAAUAUCCUGAUUGAAGGACACUGCAAGGAUGGGAACAUAACCGAGGCUUUUGUUUUGUUUCAUGAAAUGCUGAAUAAGGGUCUUGUUCCAGAUACAUUUACAUAUAGGCCUCUAAUUGGUGGCCUUUGUUCUACCGGUAGAGUUUCUGAAGCUAAGGAGUUUAUUGAAAGCCUUCAUAGAGAGCAUCGGAAAUUAAACGAGUUAUGUUAUGGUGCACUACUUCAAGGCUAUUGCAAGGAAGGAAGACUAAUCGGCGCUCUGAUUUCUGCUCGUGAGAUGGUAGAUCGAGGCAUUGACAUGGAUCUAGUUUGUUACUCAGUGCUUGUAGAUGGAACCAUGAGGAAGCACGAUAUUAAAACGUUGUUGGGUCUUUUAAACGAUAUGCGUAAUCAAGGAUUGAAGCCUGACAAUGUAAUGUAUACAAGCAUGAUUGAUGGUCAUGGAAAAAUAGGCAACCUUAAGGAGGCAUUGGGACUUUGGGAUAUAAUGAUCAAUGAAGGAUGCAUACCAAGUACAAUAACUUACACUGCCCUCAUCAAUGGUUUGUGCAAGUCGGGGUUGAUGGAUAAGGCUGUGCUUCUUUGCAAGGAAAUGCUGGCCGGCGGUUCUCUCCCAAAUCAUGUGACAUACACCUGUUUUCUCGACCAUCUAGUCAGGGAGGGAAACAUGGAGAAAGCUAGAGAACUUCACAACAUCAUGAUGAAAGACUUUGUAUCCAACACCGUUUCAUGCAAUAUUCUUAUCCGGGGCUUCUGUAGAUCAGGUAAGAUGGAAGAGGCAAUGAAACUUGUAGAUGGAAUGACUGAGGCUGGUAUUUUUCCUGAUUGCAUUACAUACUCGACGAUAAUAUACGAGUACUGCAGAAGGGGAAAUUUGCAGGAAGCCAUAGAUAUGUGGGGGAGUAUGUUAAGUAAGGGCGUGAAGCCUGAUACUCUAGCAUACAAUUUUUUAAUAUACGGUUGCUGUAUUGUCGGGGAAGUGGAGAAGGCAUUGGAAUUACAAGAUGACAUGAUGAGGAAGGGAAUGAGGCUGAAAUUAAGUACGCAUAGUGCUCUGAAUCAUGCGACUCAUCGUUUGACAUUGAGAGGAUAGGUUUGGUCAUCUCAAAAGUUUGACUUCUAUGUUGACAUGGAGUACUGUGCAGAAUACUCCACAUUCGGAGCCUUGACUUCUGACAAUUCCUCUUCCAGGGGACUUGACUCAUCAGCAACAGAUUGGUGGUAGUUCUGCUCCACCAAGGAACAUUCUCAUGGAAGCUGUUCUGAAAGUGGAUGUGGUGGAAUGUGGACAGGAUUAUGCAUGGAUCCUAAACUUUCUGAUGUUGAUAGGAUUAUGCAUGGAUUCAAAACUUUCUGAGGGGUGAGCCUGCAGAGGAUUUUUAUGCAAGCAACAUGUGGUUUCUAUCCUUGAAAAGACACGUUCCAGAAGAUCAAUGUCCUCGAAAGUUGAAGAUUGGAAUGACUGUAGACUCAAUGAAGCUGAUGUCGCAACUGGUGAAUUUAAAGUCAAAGAUAGUGAAAUUUGUUUUGGUGAUCAUAUUUCUUCUGGGAACCAUGGAUUGAUACUUAAGCUAGUUGCUACUUCUGCCAGGUUGCCUCAAGGAACUGACAUCCUUGCACAAAGACGCUCACUCUUCUUGUCAUGCUCUCUCUGCUGAGAGAUUUCUCGACACACAAGAUUGUGGCAACUGGUGAUCCAUUGCAUGUUAGUUAAUGUCACUGGACAACAGUUGAUGUUCAUUUGAUUUACGACACAAAAUGGUUCAGGAAGUUGAUUAGCUGGGAACAGGGAUCAACAGAUUGUCACUAAUUUUGUCGGCUGAUAAAUCUCCGGUACAGGCUUGAUGCAUCAAUCAAUUUCGACCAUUUGUGCUACUGGGGAUCUUAAACAAGUGUUGAACUGGGAGAUUGAGCAUUAUGUCACUGAGUAAUGCAGUUUGAAGCUGGAUUAGAAGACUGAAUUUAUCACCAGAGGAAGUGAUGUAAUGGCUAAAUGGCUUACUCUCUCAUCGAGCAUGGAUGGAUUUUGUCUCAUCGUCAACUUCCACCUAUACGUGUAUAGAGCAUUUGAUAUUUUGCUUACUGAGUUUGGUUUCGAUGAUAGUUAAAUUGAUGCAUUGUCAUUAAUACAUGCAUAAUAAUAUACGUGUAUAUAAGAAAAUUGGUG